AUGGAAUAUACUUCCGUAGAUCACAAGAAUGCAGAAAAAUACGCGGAAUAUAAUUUUAAAGUAAGAAUGUUGGAACGUUUGUUAAAAAAAGCUCCUCACUUGGCCAGCUAUUUAGAAUACACUGUGCGUGACGCGACUUCUGCAGAUUUUUAUAUACCAAUUUCACUGAAAAACAAAUGUAAAAUUAUUGACAUUAAAAUAUCGAAACGAUUAUGCGAAAAAUUAUCAUGCAAUAAGACUCGUGAAAAAGACAUGUGCACACCCGAUCAUAUAGCUUCUUAUUACCGAGUCGGCGACGAUAAAUGGGACGUACAAUGUCAGCCCGCGUGUUUUAACAUGACGGAUAAACCUACGUAUGAAAAAAAUGGAGAAGCUCGAACCGUCACACCUUGGUUGAACUAUGCGUUUGGGGAAUGUCGUGUGGUACCCCAAGAGACUGUAAAUUUUUUAGAAAAACCAUUUUAUCGAAGCGAUGUUCAAUACGAAAAACGUGUAAACGACAUGCCGACCGGUUAUUCUAGAAUAAAAGACACUUCUGACCCAUACGGUUGCGGUUUCACGUACGUAAAUAACGAAACUUAUUGUAAUUAUUACGAUACCGUUAUGAUCAAAGAAGAAGGUAAACAAUACGGGCCGUGUUCGUACACGGGGACAGAACACGUUUUGGACGUGGUUGUUGGAAUGAAUCUCAUCAAUACUGUAAAAUCAACAGUACGUAGUUACGUAAUUAACCAAUCUAAAGAACCUUUCGCUUUGCCUACAGAUCUAGUAAAAUUGCCCGAAAAACUCGAUCCGUUAUUAACGGUCAAAGGUUGGCGGUCGGAUGUCAACACAAAUUUUAAAUUACCACAGUUAAUGAAUGUUCCGUACGAAAAACCUAUUAAAUCAACACGUUCCAAACGCAAUGUCGAAAAAAAAUCAUCUACACAAAUAAUUGACAACAACACCGACGACGACGACGACGACUACGACGACAACAACAGGAACGACGUAGAAAACAACGAACCUAUAAUGACUACAUCUGAAAAAGUUGAAAAAACUAUACAAGUUACAAUAGAAUCUUUGAUACAAAUGGUUAAAUCGCCAGAGCUUUGGGAAAGUCUUGCAAUAAAUCUGGCGUUCGAAACGACUUUGUCUGAACUCAGAAAAUUUUGUGUAAAAACCAUUGAAACGCUUCAACCGGUGCUGACAAAAAAUAUGAUAACAUUGAUGGAAAAAUCUUUUUCACGACCAGUAAUCACGGCUGUGGUGCGAAGUAUGGCUAAAACUAUGGUAACCAGAGUAGUGUUAAAAAUCGCCGCAAAAUCUGCAUUAAUGUUGGCCAAAGUUACUUUGUACGCGACCAACCCUAUAAGUUGGAUUUUACUCGUAGCUAUGGCAUUAGAUUUUGCUUUUGGUUGGUGGGAUCCUUAUGGAUAUCAAAGCAUAAACCCAGUCGAUUUUCCGAUGGCUUUUAUGCGUAGCGGUGAAAUUGAGCAACGGCAACGUUUUAACAUGGCAACGGUUGAUUACAAUUUUCAACAUCUUGUUGAUUUGCUACUGGAUUCUGAUGACAUUUUGGAAUUUACUAUUUUAGCAUUUUUUGAACGUGCGGUGUACAUAAAUAGUUUAUCGACAAAUAGUGACGGUGUUUUUAUAGAUAAAUCUGAAGUAUAUGAUCUCUCUCAAGGUAUGGAUAUAGAUUUGAAUGAGAUGGCUACGAACGCGAGUUUACGUGAACUUGUAAAAAGAUCUACUUUUGACAAAAAAGACUAUGACGCGUUUAAUAAAAAAUUUCUAGACAGAGUGUCCAUUACGGGUAGCUGUACCGACUACGCGACUUUGAUGGCUAUAGGUGUGUUGGUUUUUGCUUUUUCAGGUGUAUACUUGUUGGCUUUUUUAUUCUUAAUAGUUUUGUUGAUUUUGUUGGGUAUAAAUAGACAUUUAAUUAAUGACGAUACUGUUAUAAAACUACGAGAUUUAUUUAUAUCGCAAUCAGUGACCGCAUGA